AGCAGGGGGCGGUAGUGAGCGCAGAGGCCAUUCUGAGCUGAGAGGAAAAAAAACACAAACAACCACAAGAAAACCACAAAACCAAGAUGGCGGUGCAAGAGACAGCAUCUCAACUGUCCAUGGCUCUCAAAGUCCAAGAAUAUCCCACCCUGAAGGUCCCCUACGAGACUCUGAACAAGCGCUUCAGAGCGGCUCAGAAGAACAUCGACCGGGAGACGAGUCACGUGACGAUGGUCGUCGCGGAGCUUGAGAAGACGCUAAGCAGCUUCCCGGUGGUCGACUCGGUGGUGUCACUGCUGGAUGGUGUGGUGGAGAAACUCAGCGCCCUGAAGAGGAAGGCGGCUGAGUCCAUCCAAGCAGAAGACGAGAGUGCCAAGCUGUGUAAGCGUCGCAUCGAGCACUUGAAGGAGCACAGCAGUGACCAGCUGGCCUCAGUCAACCUGUGGAAGAAGAAACGCAUGGACCGCAUGAUGGUGGAGCAUCUGCUGCGCUGCGGCUACUACAACACAGCCGUCAAACUGGCAAGACAGAGCGGUAUAGAGGAUCUGGUGAACAUUGAGAUGUUCCUCACAGCCAAGGAGGUGGAGGAGUCUCUGGAGAGGCAGGAGACGGCCACUUGCUUAGCCUGGUGCCAUGACAAUAAAUCCCGCCUCCGCAAGAUGAAGAGUUGUCUUGAGUUCAGUCUUAGAAUCCAGGAGUUCAUUGAGCUCAUCAGACAAAACAAACGCAUGGAUGCAGUCAGACAUGCAAGGAAGCACUUCAGCCAGGCAGAAGGUGGACAGCUGGAUGAGGUUCGGCAGGUGAUGGGCAUGCUGGCCUUCCCAUCAGAUACACAUAUCUCCCCAUACAAGGACCUUUUGGAUCCAGCCCGCUGGAAGAUGCUGAUCCAGCAGUUCCGAUACGACAACUACAGACUGCACCAGCUGGGAAACAACUCUGUCUUCACUAUCACCCUACAGGCUGGUCUGUCUGCCAUCAAGACACCUCAGUGCUACAAGGAGGAUGGUACCUCUAAGAACCCAGACUGCCCAGUGUGCAGUAAAUCCCUCAACAAGUUGGCCCAGCCGCUACCCAUGGCCCACUGCGCCAACUCCAGACUAGUCUGUAAGAUCUCCGGGGAGGUCAUGAAUGAAAACAACCCUCCAAUGAUGCUUCCUAAUGGAUAUGUGUACGGAUACAACUCUCUUCUGUCCAUCCGCCAAGAUGACAAAGUGGUGUGUCCCAGAACCAAAGAAGUCUUCAACUUCUCUCAGGCUGAGAAGGUCUACAUCAUGUGAUCACUCAGAUGAACCUGUCUGAGUCAUUUACAUGACCGAUAACGCCCCGUCGUUCAUCACCUGUGACCUGGCCUACUCAAGAGAGCCACCUGUGGAGCUGUGAUCCAGUGCCCUUCUUCCUCCCCCACAGACACACCCGACAUUUCCCCCAAACCGCCCUCUCCCAGUACACGAUCAGCUCAAAUUUGCCAGUUCCCUCUCCCCUCCCGUUUCAUCACACAGAAACUGGACUCCUCUCCUUUCAGACUGUUUUAGAUGUGGCUAGAUAACGAGAAGUUGUUUGAUCUGAUCCAUUCAAGCACAUGGACUAUCAGCAUUGUCAUUAUUUUACAGGCCCUCACUCCGAAGAUUAGAGACUACAGAAAAGAGACUGAGGGGGUGAAGAACUGCUAGGUAGAUCUUUGAUUUUACUACAACAAAUAAAAACUUGUUGAGGUUACUUUUGA